UCUAACCGUUUUUGAAAUCGAUCCUGGCCGUUUAAACUUGCUGAGAUUAAAUCCUGUCCGUUUAAACUAGCAUAAAUAACCGCUACCACCGGCGGUUCAGAGAAGUUACCUGGUAGUUUCCGGUGGUGGUUUCGUUCCAUAUAUUUCUGGCCCAUGAUCUGGUGGUUUUGCUCCAUGAUUUUUGUCCCAUUAUCUACCUGCAACCGAUAAAUGUGGAGGAUUUUCAAAAUAAUUAAAGCCACGAUAAAUGUGGAAGUUAUGUUCAGGAAAUCACAGUUUUGUUUAGCUGGAAGUUACCUCCGAAACCUGUGUUAUUAAUGGUUUUUAUUUUUCCUAAAAAAAUGGCCAUGUUCUCCACCUUCCUAUAUUUUAGCUCCGUUGCAGUUAUACAUGUGCUUAUAAAUAUUGAAACCUUGCCGAUCAACAGUACAUCCUGCUUUCUUUCUUUACCUUCUGUCGCUGGGUUUAUGUCGCUGAACAUGGAGCAGCAUCCUGGGUUUUUGUUGCUGAACAUGGAGCAGCAGGUUGAAGAUGCAACAAUGGAUAAAGCUGUUAAAGUUGCAUCAAUGGACAACUCCUUCUUUAGCCCAAUCGUGUGUAAACCUACAAAUGAAUCGGAUAAGGAAAUUGAUGACGUGGAGUUUGAGGCAUCGAAUGGUGGUCACAAAGACAUUUCAUCCAGUUUCGAGGAUAGCCAGCAAGCAAGCAUCUGUGAAUCUUUCUAUGAAUUGGCAAAAGUUAGCAAGUUUAAGAGAUUGGACAAAAGGGCAAAUGCUUUAAAGACAUGGAAGUGGGAUGAAGUGAUACAAAUUGAUAGUGAAACCGAAGAUGAAGAAGAGGAUGUUACACCUGUGAUAAAAAGAGCUAAGCAUGCUUUUGUUGUUGAAUCAAAAGUUGUUGGGUAGAAACAGAAAUGUUUUUAAUGGGUCUUGUAGUGGUGUUAGAAAUUGUACGUUGUUGUUUUUGUGUUUUUCCUUUCCUAGGCUGGACCAUGUGGCUGUAUCUUUUAUUGUAUUGAAUGAAAUGCCUCUUUUAAAGGUUCAA